AUGGCAUCGCCUGCUCAUGGAACACCGUUAACUGUUGUUGAAACUGAUGGGAUCGUAUCACUUGUUGUUGAUCUUAACCCUAAAGAUUCUGUAAAGGCAACUUCACCCAUUCUUGAAACCGCGUCGUUUCAUGUUGAAGAUGUUGAUCCAUCCAUCGUGCGAUCGGUUGAUAACGUACCAAGGAUGAUUGAUUUCCCACUGCCGAUUGCUGCACUUGCUGAUAUUCUAACGAUGACUGCUGCAACUUUAUCAUUGAUUGCUCAACUUGCCGACACACUCUUGAUGACAAUUUCAACUCUUGGAGUGAUGCCCAUGGACCAGCAUGCUCGGAUUGCAUUGGAGAUGGCUGAAUCUGCUGAAGUCGCACCACUGGUUGUUUUGCCUGCAACAGUGGCUGUAACGACAUCUCAUUCAACUGCAUUGCUUUCUGAUCGGUCAGUCGAGACUCUGCUGAUGAUGACUGUGACUUUGUGGACUGUAACAAUUGCUGAAGUUGUAACUGCGUUUGAGUCUGAACUGACUAUGAAAUCUCAUGAACUGAUUGAGGCUGGAUCUCUGCCGAUGAUUGGUGCUGAGCUGAUUCCAGAGACUGUGUUAGCUGCUGGGACUGUAAUGGCAUAA